AUGGGUUGGAGAGAAAAACAAAACGAAAAGCUGAAAACCAAAAAAGUUUUGGUAGUCGGUGCUGGAGGUAUAGGUUGCGAACUUCUGAAAAAUUUGGUGCUAACCGGGUUCAAGAACAUCCAUGUGAUUGAUCUAGAUACUAUUGAUGUCACAAACUUAAAUAGGCAAUUUUUGUUUAGAAGAGAACAUGUUGGGAAAUCGAAAGCCGAGGUUGCCACUGCUGCAGUUCGCAAUUUACAACCAGAUGUAAACAUCACAUUCGACCACGGCAGCAUAUUCCAAGAAGAUUUCGGUCUUCAUUUCUUCCAAAGAUUUGAUUUUGUUCUUAAUGCAUUGGACAAUAGAGCUGCUAGAACACAUGUGAAUCGAUUAUGCUUAGCAGCUCGUGUUCCUUUGAUCGACAGUGGAUCUUCUGGUUAUUCUGGACAGGUCACGAAUAUCAUUCGUGAACGGUCAGAAUGUUUCGAGUGCAUCAUGAAACCAGCACCGAAGUCAUACCCUAGUUGCACUAUUAGGAACACCCCCUCGGAGCAUAUUCACUGUAUCGUUUGGGCUAAGCAUCUUUUCAAUCAACUAUUCGGUGAAAUUAUGAUCGAUGAUGAUGUUUCCCCUGAUCUUGAGGAUGUUGAUAAGGAAGCUGAAGGAACUGCAAGCAAUGAUACCGCUGAGAAGAACACCGAUAAGAAAGAGACAUCAGAGGAGAAAGGUGGAACUCGUGCUUGGGCAGAGAAAGUUAAAUAUGAUGGCUUAUUGUUGUUCAAAAAGUUGUUCUUUGAUGAUAUAAGUUAUCUUUUGAAAAUGGACCAUCUUUGGAAAACAAGACGCCCUCCAACUCCAUUAACCGUCGAAGUUAUUGAAGAAAAAGAUGGUGGACUGUUCAAAGAUACCCAUGUUGGGGAUGAUGCUUUGAAGGUGUGGACUGCUUUAGAGAGUGCUCGAGUGUUCAUCGAUAGUAUGAAACAGUUAUACGAUCGUAAAACUCAGCUUUCUGAAGAUGCUAUCUUGUAUUGGGAUAAGGAUGAUGACGAUGCUAUGAGGUUUGUAGCUAGUGCAGCCAACAUAAGAGCAAUAAUCUUCAAUAUUAAAACGAAGAAUGUUUUUGAUAUCAAGUCUAUGGCCGGUAACAUCAUUCCUGCUAUUGCAACAACAAACGCCAUGGUCGCAGGAAUGAUUGUAGUUGAAGCUCUUAAAUAUGUUAACGGAAACAUCAAUGAACUUCAAAAUGUAUUCAUCCGAUCUCAGCCCAAUCCCAAAGGCCAGGUUUUAUGUGCGCAAAUUUUGGAGAAGCCAAAUCCCAAAUGUUUCGCCUGCGGAGACAAACGGGAAAUUUUUGUUCAAGUUAAUACUAAUCUUAUGACGAUCAAAACAUUAGAAGAUGUGGUUCUUAAAGGCGCUCUCUUAAUGCUUUCGCCCGAUGUGAUGGAAAAGAACAACUCUCGAAUUAUUAUCAGUAGUGAGGAAGGCGAGACAACAGAUUUGCAAGGAAAAACGUUGUCGGAAAUGAUGAUCACUAAUGGUGUGAUUUUGGCUUGCGAUGAUUUCCUUCAAAAGUUGGAGUUCAACUUGUUCAUCACACACUCGGAUAAGCUUACGCCAAAUGAGUAUGAGAUCCUUCAAGAUUCCUCGGCAUCCGAAAACAAUCCUGUUACUCCUUCCAAGGAUGAAACUAUGGAUGAAGAUACCAAAGAUAGUAGAAAGAGAAAGAGUGUUGCUCCUACAGACCUCGAAGAGAUUUCGAACAAGAGGAAUAAAAUGUCACCAGAUGUAGAUGAUGAAAACGAAUUCUGUGAUGAUGAUGUCAUUGGAUGUCUCCCAAGACAGUUACCGGAUAUGCACAGAGAAUUGUUGGAAUCCUUAGUAGAAGCUAUACCUACUUUGUCAGAUGAAACAAGUCAGCAGAAUAAUGAGUCUCGUUUUCUUCACAUUAUUAAAGUCUAUCAAUUACAACCUGCACUACUAGAUGGCGUCAUUCCUCAACUUAUUGAAAAACUCUUGUCCUUCGUGGAUCUAAGUGUUCCGGCUGAUAGCUCGUUGGCCAUUGAUUUGAAAUCAAGCUUGGCUUUUAAGCGGCUUGCUUAUAUAUCUGACGUUCGGGGCUACAAAACAGUCGUUAGACUUCUUCCUCAUACUGUAACAUAUCUGGAUAAGAUUUUAAUAGCUCUUGAGCGUUUAUCAGUAGCUAGUUCUUCUCUUGAGUUCUACUCGAGGCGAAUGCUGUUGCUCUGGCUUUGGAUUGUUUGUAAGAAUCCUUUUGACUUGAGAAGGUUUGAUCCUCAAGAUAGUCCGGGAAAAACAAUGCAAAGAAUAUUUUCUGUAACAAUGCCUUAUUUAUCCUCUCUUGUCAUUAUGCAUCAAUACCAAGCUGCUCUUGUCAUAUCUCAGUGUCUAGCUCGAUCGGAUGGGGUUCAUCUGAUAGAGGAAGUUUUAACCAAUCAAUUCAAUUAUUUGAGUCAAUCUGCUUCCUGUGAUAAACUUCUCGGAAGUUUAUUGCUCACGUUAUCUGUGCUCAAACAUGUAGAAAGGAAACAUAUCAUUGACUUUGUAGAGCCCUUGAUGAACGAAGUUUCCAAGGCAUUUCCUCUAAAGUCGUCAAGUGAAAUUGUAAGAAAAUCAAUGGUGAAAAUUGUGCAGCGAUCAGCAUUGGUUCUUCUCAAACCAAAAUUAGCAACAUGGAGAUAUAGGCGUGGUCGACGACGAAUUGAAGACAAUCUUUCCCAAGGAAAUGACUCAGAUGAUGACUGCAAAGAGAAUCAACCCUCUCAAGGAGUUGUUAGAGAAGAGGAAGAUGACAAUGAUAACAUUCAUCCUCUGAUCGAAUUCUGUCUAGACUGUGUUCUAACCAGUCUAUCGGAUGAUAGUACCAUAGUCAGAUGGUCUGCAGCGAAAGGAGUUGGCAGGAUUACUGCAAGAUUGAACAAACAUUUAGCUGUGCAAGUUGUGGAAUCGAUCAUGUCAAGAAGUUUUCAUCCCCAUGCUGGAAAUGGCGCUUGGCAUGGAGGUUGUAUGGCUUUGGCAGAGUUGUCUAGAAGAGGCUUCCUAUUACCAGAGCUUUUGCACAAGGUUUUUCCUGUUGUACGUAAAGCUCUAUUCUAUGAAGAACCCAUGGGGCGACACGUGCUUGGGAAUAAUGUUCGCGAUUCCGCCUGCUAUGUUUUUUGGGCUUUCGCUCGUGCUUACGAGCCGACGGAACUUCGUCCUUUUUUGGAUAAAGUUGCCACCAGUCUUAUGUGUGUAGCUCUAUUCGAUAGAGAAAUAAACCUGAGGAGAGCAGCAUCUGCAGCAUUCCAAGAAAAUGUAGGCCGGCAGUUGAAUUUUCCAGACGGAAUAGCUCUUCUGACUUUGAUUGACUUCUUUGCUGUUGGGAAAAGAGCAAAUUGUUUCACAAAACUAUGUGUUGAAGUUGUACAGUAUCCCAAAUAUAGGGACGACAUCAUAGAUCAUUUAAUUGAGUAUAAGAUAGUGCAUUGGGAUCCUGUGAUUAGAAAACAAGCAGCAACCGCAUUAAAUUUGAUGGCACCUCAUCACUCGGCGUACAUUUGUUCAUGCCUUCCUAAACUUCUUGCGGGAUGCACUCAUACAAGCCCAAUCAAACGGCAUGGGUUUGUUAUGGCGACAGCUCACUGCUUGAAAGGGCUGUUGGACGCAUCGUAUAAAUCUGAGAUUGUUAACGAAAUCUUAAAAGAACUUGGAAACAUUCCAGCAAAUCUUCAUUCGGAAAGCGAAAAGCUGAAAUCUUCGGGAGGAGAGUUGACGCGGUUCUCUCUCUUGGAGUUUAUGACUGUACUUUCACGUGCGGCAAUAGCAUUGUCGAGCGAACAGGUUAUGCAUUGGGCAUUGUUGAUUGAACAAAUGGCUAAAGAUAGUGAAGCUAAAGUUCGCGAAGCAGCAAAAGUUGCCAGUUCUGUUUUCUUCCCUACCUAUUUUGUUCAAGAACAGAACGCUGAGAUAUUGCAUAGUACACAGAAGAGUUUUGAGCAUCAGCUUACGUCACUCUCCAUUGAAUACCAAGCUCUGGGUUUAUGUAAUAUUGCAAGAUUCAUUCCAUCUAAACUGUUCACAAAUGAUUUAUACAACACAGUGUCUAAACUUGUUCUAGAACCUGGCAGCAUAGAUAAAAAAUGGGCUAUGAUGAGGGCAGCUGCUGUGGAGACUCUGACUGACGUCUAUCUUGACUUUGCAAACCCAGAAUGGAAGGAUAAGUGUUAUGAGAGUAUAUUCAAAGGGUUAGGCGAGUACACCGAGGACAAUACCGGUGACAUAGGCAGAAAAGUUCGUGAAAUUUCUCUGAAGUGUUUGGCGAGUUUAUUGAUCCAUCCUUCCACAAAGGAUGACGAUCGAAAACACUAUAUUGUAACAUCUGUUGGAAAAAUGAUACAACAAAGUGCCGAACGAAUCGGAGGAACAAGACAGUGUGCCUGUGAAGCGAUACGCGUAAUUAUAACAUGUGAAGAUACAAGGAAGUUCGUACCACAUGUCGAAGAUCUAGACUUAUUGUAUUCGGAUAGUUCCCUCUUCACUCAUGAUAAUGUACUGCUUUCACUUUCUCCUAUCCUCUUCUGCGACGAGUACUACGAAUUCUUGGUCCAUGGUUUGAUGAUAUCUGCAGGUGGAUUGAGUGAUGUUACAAGUAAACACGCUUCUCAAGUUAUAUUGGAGUAUUUGAACAUUAUUGGAGAUGACGUGACUUUGGUCGAAAAGCUGUUGAAGACAAUAUCUGAUAUGUUGUCCAAAGGAAUCAAAGUAGUCAGAAUACGAGACUGUGUUCUUAGGUUCUUACCACAGCUGUUGUGUAGAUUGCCUAACGAUAUUCGAGUCAUUGAAUCAUCUCCAUCUCUUUCUGAAAUAUUAUUAAUAACUGAAAAGAUUGUGAAAGCCCGUCUAGGAGCUCCUUUCAGAAUAAGACUAGGGUUGGAAGCAUUCUCCGCUCUUUUGUGUUUGCCCCAAUCAUCGCCUUUAUGGACCCGUUCUGUAAGAUUGUUAGCCAGCUCUCUAUCUAAUCAUAUGCCAGCAAUAAGGAGAGCAGCGGCUGAAUCGUUAUAUGAAGCAUUAUGUGUUCUAGAAAUUGACGAAGAAAUUCUUGACCUACUUUGUCAGACAGCUUGGCACGAUACCAGCAAUAACGAAGAAAUCAUGACAAAAGCUGCAAGAGUUCAAACAUUGUUUAACAACAUAAUUUAA